AUGGACGCAAAUACUACUACAACACCGUCACGCAGACAUCUUCGUGGGAAAUGCCUCCCGAGUUCAAAGCCAUGCAAGAGGCGAUGGAAGCGGCCAAAGAAGAACAGGCGAAGAAGGCCGGCGAAGAGAAGCCAGCCGACGCGGCCAAGCCUGCACCCGCUACCGCGGCCACUCCUGCCGUUGUCUCCCCACAAAAGUCUGCCGCCCCCGUCGCCGCGUCGGCUCUCUAUCAACCGUCCAUGCCCACUUCUCCUGUUCGCCAUCAAGCUGCCCCGGUCGCCGCACCCGUGGUCACCCCUGUUGUUGCAGCGGUGCCUGUUAUCCUCACCCCCGCGGAUGUCUUCAAAUCCCUCCUACGCGACUACGUACGUACACGGCGCACGACACACAACGAACACAACGUCCACUUCUCACAUUACACACUCUUUCUGCUCCGGGCACAUAACGCCCACGGCGACUUGGGACACUACCAUGCGGACCAUCAUCAAGGACGAGCGUUACAAGGUUCUCAGCUCCAUCACAGAGCGAAAGGCCGCGUUCCGCGAAUACAUCGAAGACGUCAAGACCAGAGAUAGGGAGGAGCGCAAGGCCAAGGAGGAUGCCCUGAGGAACGAUUUCUUUGCCAUGCUGCGCCAGGGCGAGAUCGACGCCAGCUCCACCUAUCGCAAGGCCAUGACCAUGUUCGACAGGGACCCACGCUGGAAAGCCGUGGAUCGGGAGAAGGACAGGGAGGACCUGUUCGAUGACUACAUCUGGGAACUCGAGACAAAGCAAAGGGAGGAGGAGCGGAACAACCGCGAAUCCAACCUGAAGGCCUUCCACCAGCUCCUCGACGAAUACGUGCUCAGUGUCACCACCCAGUGGCGGAAGUUCAGGGACGAUGUCAAGGACGACCCGAGGUACAGCGCCCUGGACAAGCUGGAUCGCCUGGCGUUGUUCGAACACCGUAUACGCGAUCUGGAGCGGGUCGAGGCCGAGGAGAAACGCAAGUCAAGGGAGACACAGAGAAGGCAGUACCGUAAGAACAGGGACACUUUCCGCGCGCUCCUUCGGGAGGCGUACGAUGCAGGCAAGCUCGACCGCAACUCCAAGUGGAAGCGCUUCAAGCGGACCAUCAAGGAGGACCCCCGAUAUGAAGACCUGAUCGGCCAGCCCGGCUCCACGCCAUCCGAGCUGUACGGCGAUUUUGUGGAGGACCUGCAGGAGAGAUAUGAGGAGACGAAGCGGAUCAUUGACCGUAUUACGAAGGAGGGUAAUAUCACGAUCACCUCGUGGAUGGCCGAAGACCAGUUCCUCGCCGCCAUUUCCACGCAUCCGUCUUACCCCAACCUCGACCAGCCAUCGGCCUCCAAGAUCUUUGCCGAGAUGCGGGAUCAAGUGGACAGGCGGGAGAAGCGAGAGAAGCGGAAGCGUGAGAAGAACUUCACCCUCAUGCUCAAGUCCCACAAGGACAAAAUCACGGCCGCCUCCGUCUACGAUGAUGCGGUGCGCGAGCUGCUCGCCGAGGAGGCCUCCUACAAGGCCAUUCCCGCCGAGGAGGAGCGCAAGGCUCUGUUCGAAAGCUACGUCGACCAUCUCAAGAAUCGUCCGGCCGACUACGAGUCGUCGAGCGAGGAGGAGGGCAUGAUCGAGAGCGAGUCGGAGGAGGACAGGGACCGGAAGAGGCGCCACAAGGACAGGAAGGACAAGGACCGCAAGCGGAGGCGACACUCGUCCAAGGACCGAGACGACGACAAACACAAGAAGAGGAGAAAGCAUUCGGACAAGGACAAGGAGAGGAAGCACAAGAAGUCGAGGGGCGAGGAGAAGAAGCGAGGCAGACGCGAGGGGUCGGAAGAGGGGGAGCUCGUCCCCACCGACCACCACGCCGAGAAGGAGGAGGGCGAGAUGGACGAGUAA